CACAGGUAUUUUAUAGUGACUCUGGGGUAAUCAGCGAUAGAUCUACCGCAGCGAUAGUAAAAUAUCGAGUUUCUAUCGACGAAAUGGCACAUGUGCAACAGCCGGAACAGCAAACAAGUGAAGCUUUACAGCAGCUAAAAGGAUUAGAUAUAAAUAAAGAUGAAUCGGAAAUUGCAGCGAUUUUGAAAAGCCUACGCCUGUUGCUCACACAAAGCGCCGCCAGUCAACAAACUUUGGCACACAAUGCGGAGUUUGCGGAAUUGCUGCAAGCACUUGUGUUUAAUGCGUCUAUGAGAACUGAAAAGCGCCUGCUGCACACGCUAGCGCUGCAGGUGUUUGCCAACAGUGUGGUAAACAAUGCCAACACCCAACAGAUUAUUUGGACUAAUUAUGGAGAAAAGAUUGCAGAACAGGUGUAUGCUGCUCCACUGGGCAGUUCCAACAAUGUGUUGCUUAUGAUAGUGUACAAUAUUUACCUGGGCCUAGGCACAAGCAUCAUCAGUGAGCAGUUUGUGUUCCAUAGCUGUGUGCGUCUGUGGCAAGCGGUAAUUGAGGCUCGCUCGGAUUACAACUUUGAGUAUCUGCAUUUUAUGCUGGAGCUGUACAUAGUGCAGCAAGCACGUUCCUGCAUAGUCUGCUAUCAGCGUCUGACAGCUGUGGAAGAACGCAUAGCCUUUCUGGACUAUGUGGCGCAUUAUCUGCGCGAAAACAGUCCCAAUGGUGAGCUGAAUGCGCUGCUAUUGAAACAUUUCGCUAAGGAGUUCAAAAUGAAAUCGGAUUGCAUGCUACGCGAGACGCUGCAGCUGCGGCAUGAGCUGCAUCCACGUGAAGUGCAUACAUUGCUGCGUAUUAUAGCCAGCGCCAGCGGCUCUGAGCAGUAUGCUCGUUACUAUGUUGAGGAUCAGUCGCUCUUUAUUAAUGUUAGCAGUCUGCUGCGCUGUGUAGUUGCUGCUGGCAAGGAGAGUGGCACUAGCGCUGCCUGCUGUGUGGAUGCACCAAUGACCAAGCUGGAGCAUGUGGCGCUAAACUCCAAUAUUGAUGCAGACUAUGAGCAGAAGGUUUCAUAUGAGCUCAAGACGCUGCUAGUGCGUUGCACGGCAAACCUGAUCUAUGAGAAUGCAGCAAAUCGUGGCUAUUGCUUGGAUACACAGCUGCUGCCCACGCUGCUGGAAUGCACAGUUAUGGAUGCGCGUAAUCCAUUAAUGCGCGAGUGGAGCAUCUUGGCUAUACGCAAUGCCUGCAUCAACUGCCCGGAAGCGCAACAAGUGAUUGCUGGUCUCACCAUGCAGGGUGCUGCGCCAAAUGAUAUACUAAGCGAACUGAAUCUGGACAUGGGCGCAUUACGCAUCACAGAUAAAAAGCAAUAGCUAAAUAGAAAUAACGAGGGAGACUGUGUGAGCCAAAAGCCAUAACAAGUGGUCAGCUACGACGUCAUAUGCUUGGCACGACCAUUUCGCUGAAUGAUGCGCUAAUGGUAUGCCAAAAGAUCUAACAAUAUUCACAAACUCGUUGUCAACUUUUAAUAGCCGCAAAUCGCAGACGCCAGCGGAGGCAGCUCUAUGCGCUGGCAUGCGGCAACGACUGCCUGUUGGACUGGCAUAGCAUGUAGUGUACCAUAUACAUAUAUAUGUAAAUUGUAUAUAUAAAUAGCUGCCCGUGGCUGUGUAGCAUUAAA